AUGGCCUACGAAAAGGAACUGGAGAUUGCUCUCCUCGCCGUGCAACGCGCUUCUAUCCUCACAAAGUCCGUCUACUCGAGCCAUUCCAAAGGCACGCUAUCCAAGAGCGACUCCUCACCCGUCACAAUCGGCGACUUCGGCGCACAAGCCCUAAUCAUCGCAUCGAUAAAGCACGCAUUCCCCGAAGACGAAGUCGUCGGCGAGGAGGACGCCAAUGACCUACGCAAGAAUGACUCGCUCCGAGACCUCGUCUGGGAUCUAGUACAAGCAGCGAAGCUCGACGACAGCAGCGCAGAGGAAAAGAUCGGCGGACCCAUCAAGAGCGCAGACGCCAUGCUCUCAGCACUCGACCAAGGAAACAGCGAGGGCGGAAACAAAGGCCGGAUCUGGGCUCUCGACCCCAUCGACGGCACAAAAGGUUUCUUGCGCGGUGGACAAUACGCCGUUUGUCUCGGUCUCCUCGUAGACGGCGUCCCCACCGUCGGCGUAAUCGGGUGCCCCAACCUGCCCGUUGACGACCAAGCCCCCCUCACCACAACCACCGGACAAGACGCCGACGACAAAGAGGGCAAGGGCGUGCUCUUCGGCGCUGUAAAGGGACAAGGCGCUACAAGCCGCCCCCUCAGCGCAGGCGCUCUCACACAAGCCAACCCCAUACAAAUGAAACCCCUCUCCGACGUCACCCAAGCCACCUUCUGCGAAUCCGUAGAAGCAGGCCACUCCUCCCAAGGCGACAACGCAGCCAUCGCGUCCAAGCUAGGCAUCACCAAGCCCUCCGUACGCAUGGAUUCCCAAGCAAAGUACUGUUCCAUUGCGCGUGGAGCCGGUGAUUUGUACCUCAGACUGCCGGUUAGCAAGACGUACCAGGAGAAGAUUUGGGAUCACGCGGCGGGUGUUGUGUUGGUCCAGGAAGCUGGUGGUGAGGUUAGUGAUGCGUAUGGGAAGCCGCUUAACUUUGGUCUGGGGAGGACGCUUAGGGAGAAUAAGGGUGUUGUUGCUGCGCCUAAGGAUGCGUUUAAGCAGGUUAUCGAGGUUGUGAAGGAGGUGCUGUUGAAUAAGAAGGAGUAG